GCCUUUGCUCGCUCCAAUGCACUUUGCACUCGAUACGCAUGAACACGACGCUGUUUGGUGGUGUGCAUUGUGAUGCCCGCGAGCGUCUGGUGACGGUUGGUUGCUUGUUUCAUUUUGUGUCGCGUUAGCAAGCAGGGAAGGCAGGCUAGGCGAGCAGACGCGGACCGCCGCGCGCGGGCGGGCGAUGGCGGGGGAAGAGCGGAUCGUGGUGUCGGUGCGGCUGCGGCCGGUGAACGCGCGGGAGGCGGAGCGCGGCGACGGCUCCGAAUGGGAGUGCGCCGGCCCAACCACCCUCAUGUUCCGCGGCAACAUUCCCGAGCGCGCCAUGUUCCCCGCCGCCUACACCUACGACCGGGUGUUCAGCCCGGAGUGCAGCACGAAGCAGGUGUACGAGGAAGGGGCCAAGCAUGUGGCUCUAUCGGUGCUCAGCGGAAUCAACUCAAGCAUAUUCGCGUACGGGCAGACGAGCAGCGGCAAGACUUACACCAUGGUCGGCAUCACGGAACACAGCAUGUCGGACAUCUACGACUACAUCGACAAGCAUCCUGAGAGGGAGUUCAUCUUGAAAUUUUCGGCGAUGGAGAUAUACAACGAAGCUGUGAGGGAUCUCUUGAUCCCCGACGCGACGCCUCUAAGGCUUCUUGAUGAUCCGGAGAAAGGAACUGUCGUAGAGAAACUCACCGAGGGAACUCUCAGGGACAAAGGUCAUCUCUUGGAGCUCCUUGCUGUGUGUGAAGCUCAAAGACAGAUUGGGGAAACUACUCUGAAUGAAACAAGCUCCAGAUCUCACCAGAUACUCAGACUGACGAUCGAGAGUUCGACAAAGCAGUUCAUGGGACGAGGCAACUCGAGCACCCUUCUGGCUUGUGUGAAUUUUGUUGAUUUAGCCGGAAGUGAGCGUGCCUCUCAAACGCAAUCAGCUGGUAUGAGGCUGAAGGAAGGCAGCCAUAUUAACAGAAGUCUGCUUACACUGGGAAAGGUCAUUCGCCAACUCAGCAAGGGGAGAAACGGCCAUAUCCCUUACAGAGAUUCGAAGCUCACUCGCAUAUUACAGCCAUCUUUGGGAGGCAACGCGAGGACGGCUAUUAUCUGCACAAUGAGCCCAGCACACUGUCACAUUGAGCAAUCCAGGAACACGCUUUUGUUCGCUAACUGUGCGAAAGAUGUAGUUACUGACGCACAGGUCAAUGUGGUGAUGUCAGACAAGACAUUGGUGAAACAUCUUCAGAGAGAACUUGCGAGGCUAGAGAAUGAGCUCAAGUUCCCUGGAUCAGUCUCUUGCAGUACUCACGCUGAGGCUUUGAGAGAGAAGGAUGAACUGAUUAAACAGUUGGAAGAACAGCUGAAGGAAUUGAUGGAGCAGAAAGACACUGUUCAAUCCCAACUUGACAGUUUCCGCAGAGUUGCAAGCGAUGGGCACAUCGAUGACCGCACAGCAAGGCCAUGGGGUGAACGUAAUCGGUCUUCAGAGUCCCUUCCACGUAAUGUGUCUGAAGAUGCGUUUUCUUCUUCUGAUACUUACGAUGCUGCUUACGAAGAUCAAGAUGAUCUCGGCUCAAAAGCGCUUGAUGCAUCACACGUCUGCAACGGUCGUCAUCAUGACCCAAAUCUCCCUGAACGAACAGCGAAGCGGCAUCAACAAACAAUGGAUAAACAGUCAAUUUCCAGUUUACACCCAAUGAGCAACCAUAUUUCUGAUAGCUUAGAGAUGUAUCAAGCAAAAAGGGAGGCUUCACCUGAGGUCUCUGAGGAGCAUUGCAAGGAAGUCCAAUGCAUUGAAACAAAUGAGCUCAGGAGAAGGAAUAGCCAAGGAUUCUUUCCUGCAGGUAGAUCCCAUGCGGACGCAGAGGUAAGCGAAGAGAAGCAUGGUGAAAGCACGACAAGCACAGUAGACAAUGCCAUCAAACUGUAUACGUGCGAUUUUGACCCAUCUUCUGAUACCCAAAAACCUAACACUGACGAAUCUUUGGCUCUGAAGAGGUGUGUAGUAAGCUCCAGGGAUAGUGUGCUAAGCAGGAGUAGAAGCUGCCGAGCUAGCUUCAUGGUCAUUCCGAAUAGUUGGUUUGAUGAUUCAGUGGACAUGAACAUGACACCUCCAGGUGAAAUUUUCAAAUAUGGCCCGAGAAGGCCAGAGAAGGUCAGGAGAAGCCUGUAUCCUGAAAACGGUGACCACCAAAAUGAUCGUCCAUUGGACUGUCCUGUGGCCUUUGGACGAGUUGCAUCUGAUGCUGAUGCACACAAGAGCACUUGCAGUGCUGAAGAGGAAGGCGUUAUUAGUGACAUCAGCUGCAUCACGGAAGUGAAGGAGACGUCAAAAGAGCACCAUACAUCACACCUACGGGGAAAUCAGCAGCAGAAUGAAGAUUUAGCGCCCCCGAAAAAUGUCAAAGAUGGUGGCACAGAUUCCUCAGUGACCACCGUCGAGUCUCCUUCUCGGUGGCCUAUUCAUUUCGAGACAAAACAGCAAGAAAUUAUUGAGUUAUGGCAGGAGUGCAAUGUCUCUAUAGUACACAGAACUUACUUUUUCCUCCUCUUCAAGGGAGAUAAGGCAGAUAACAUCUACUUGGAAGUAGAGCACAGGAGAUUGUCCUUCAUUAAAAAUUCGUUCAGUGCUGGUGAUGAGCCUAAUGCUACUGUUACAUCAAGCUUGAGGAAUCUUCGGCAUGAAAGAGACAUGCUCUACAGGCAGAUGCUGAGGAGAUUUCAUCUUGCAGAAAGGGAGAGCCUUUACACUAAGUGGGGGAUAGAUCUGAACUCCAAACAGAGGAGGCUGCAGCUAUCGCGCCGCAUCUGGGCACAGACUGACAUGGAACACGUGAGGGAGAGCGCCGCUAUUGUCGCAAAGCUAGUCGAACAUCUGGAGCGGGGGCAGGCCAUCAAGGAGAUGUUUGGGUUGAGCUUCACACUGAACCCACGAGCUGAUCGGAGAUCUUUCAGCUGGGUCGGUGCUUACUCCUAAAUUAAGCAUUGUGGCGAUGAUGAUAUGACAAUGACGGCCAUGAUGACUCAGUGACAAUGGCAUGGUGCCAGAUGAUGAAUACAUCUUAGAGGAUA